AUGACGGGUCCACCGCGAGGCUUGUCUCUCUACGACAACCUUCCCGACCCUAACAACCCAACAACCUCCGGCGCAACUAUUUCCUCCGCGCCUGUCUUAUACAACCAGGCUGAUGCGAGUGCCGCAAACCUCGAGAAUGCGUCCAAGAAGGCCCUAGAUCCAGCGCUUCGAUUCCAGCCUAUCCGCCGCCCGCAGGUCAAACAGCCGACCAAACCGAAGCCUGCGUUUCCAAAGCCUCCCCCGCCUGCUAGCAAACCGACGCCCCCAGAGCAACAGGCGCAAGGUGCCCCCGUGGUUCCCACGCAACAUCAGAGAAGCACGCUCGCCGACUGGACUGCGACAGAGGAGGAUGCGUGGAUGUACGGGACAGGCGAGAAGCGCCCUCGUGGCGGGCGCAAGGCCAAGAAGAAGAAGAAUCGCCAGGCAGAGCCAGAAGAGACCAAUUGGGACGACAUGUAUGACCCGGCGCGACCGACGAACAUUGACGAGUACCUCCAAAGUGAAGAAAAGGUGGCCGAAGUGAGAGAAUGGAAGGAUCUCCUCUACAGGCACAGGAGGAAGUCGGAAGACAGCGAUCUGUCGGACGAUGACGAUGGCGAUGCGAGGCCAGCCAUGUCCAGCCAAUUCGCGCCCCCGGCGUCAUUCAAUGCGUUCGCACCACCACCUCCAUCGCCGCCGUCGAUACCACCGCCUCCAGCCGACGAAGCUGGAGGGUUGCCGCCACCUCCUCCACCACCCCAAGAAGGCCAGACCCCCCCGCCUCCGCCUCCUGAACCGCCCUCAUCUACCAUAUCCGCCGCACCAGUUCGGUACACACAACCUCCUACCGAACCUGAUCCUGAAGAAGACAGACCACCCGCUCUGGGAGCUCCCGAGCCCUCGCAGGAGGAAGAACCGCCAUCAGAGGACCUGCCACGAUCCUCACGACCAGGCCAGGCAGGUUUCGCCGCCCGUCUCAUGUCAAAGUACGGUUGGAAGGCAGGCACAGGUCUUGGCGCCGCCGAGAGUGGCAUCGUCAACCCCUUGCGCGUCCAAGUAGAGAAGCGCAGGAAGAAGGCGGACGCCGACGGCGGAGGCUGGGUCGAGCCAGGCGGCAAGGGAAAGAUUGUAGGCGGAAACGCCAAGGGCAAGGCAGACACUGGGAAAUUUGGAACCAUGAGCGAGGUCAUCGUCUUGAGGAACAUGUUGGAGAACAUGCCAGACCUCCAAUCCGAGAUCGCAGAUGGUCUGGGACAGGAAAUCGGGGAAGAGUGUGGUGACAAGUAUGGAACGGUCGAACGACUGCACAUUGACCAGGAGAACAGACAAGUCUUCAUCAAGUUUACGACGCAAGUGUCUGCGUUGCGGGCUGUCAACGAAUUGGAAGGGCGGGUGUUCAAUGGCAACACUAUCCAGCCCAUGUUCUACGAUACAGACAAGUUCGAAAGGAGCAUUUACAAGUAG